CCAUAUUUCGUCGCCUUGCCUCCUCUCCACCGGCUCAGUCAGCGAGACCUCAGCCUGCAGCUUGCUCCACCAUCACCCUCCCUCCAUGUCCGACCGCGUCCACCCCGUGCCGGCGCCUCCGCCUCGCCUCCCCAAUCAACCACCCGCCGACGCCGAAGCCCCCGCCGCCGGUGCCAGCGCGCCGCCCACGGAGACUGAGACCACGCCGCUGCGCGUGCACCCGUCCUUCAACCGCCCGCCGUCGCCGCCGCCCGGCACCUACAUCAUCCAGGUGCCCAAGGACCAGGUCCUCCGCGUCCCGCCCCCGGACCGCGCGCGCCGCUACAAGAAGCUCGCCGCGCGCCCGGCCCGCCGCCGCCUCCUCCGCGCCGCCUGCUGCUGCUGCUGCGCCGCGCUCCUCCUCCUGCUCCUCCUCGCCGCGGCCUUCGCCGGCGCCGUCUACCUCGUCUUCCGCCCCCGCGCGCCCACCUUCUCAAUCGCCUCCCUCUCCAUCCGCGGCCUCUCGUCGUCCUCCUCCUCCGCCGCGCUCUCCCCCGAGCUCGACGCCUCCGUGCGCGCGGACAACGGCGCCAACAGGAAGGUCGGCGUCGACUACCGCGGCGGCGGGAGCGUCGCGGUCUCCUACGCCGGGCAGCGGCUCGCCGCGGGGCCGUGGCCCGCGUUCCGGCAGCCGCCGCGGAACGUGACGGUGUUCGCGGCGGCGAUGAGGGGCCAGGGCGUGCGGCUGACGGAUGAGCAGGCGAGGCGGCUCGCCGAGGAGCGGGCCGCGGGCGCCGUGACGCUGGCGGUGGAGGCGAGGGUGCCCGUGCGGCUGCGCUUCGGCAAGGUGCUGCGGACGUGGACGGUGGACGUGAAGGCGCGGUGCGACGUCGCCGUGGACAGGCUGGAAGGGGAUGCCGCGGCGGUGAACAGGGGGUGCAGGGUCAGGGUCAGGCCGCUCUGGUGGUGGUGGUGAUCGCCGCCGCCGCCGGCGCUCCUGUCCGCCUAAUAAUUAAUAUAAACGGCUAGUGAUUAACUACUACUAUUCUACUCCGUAUAGCAGUAACGGUGUGCUACUAUUGAAUACAGAGAUUACUAGUACAAGGUUGCCAGUGGAGUAAA